UUGUGCACGUAAGAAUGCAGGCGGCCACCUUUCCGAUGUAGUUUCUUGCGCUGAUAAGGAAAACUGCUGAAGUCAUGAGGCUGUUCCGCUCAGAGCCCUCAUGUGAGUCAUAUGAAAGCUCCAGCAUUGCUGACCUCUGGCAAAAAGGGAGCGAACGAGGACAGGAGAAGCAGAGAGGAAGAGGUUCAAGUGCGGGUUUUCUCCUUGAACCUAGAAGAUUAUGGGUCAAGAGCUGUGUACAAAGACUCUCCAGCCUGGAUGCAGCUGCCAUCGCUGUUGGGAGGGAGGCGAUGCACACAGCUGUCAGAGGACUGCGCCUGUGCCGGCGGAGGCUGCGAUCGAGCUAACAGACCUAAAAGAAGCAUCAUGUUCCAUGACUUCAUUUCACCCCAGGGGACUUCAGGCGGUCCGUGCCCGGAAGUACAAGAGUAAAAGGCCACGGAGUAACAGUGAUUCUUUUCAGAAAGAGGAUCUGAGGCAGGGUUUUCAGUGGAGGAAGAACCUCCCUUUUGGGGCAGCCUCAUCUUACUUGAACUUGGAGAAACUGGGUGAAGGUUCUUAUGCCACAGUUUACAAGGGGAUUAGCAGGAUAAAUGGACAACUAGUGGCUCUCAAAGUCAUUAGCAUGAAUGAAGAGGAAGGAGUCCCAUUUACAGCUAUUCGGGAAGCUUCUCUCCUGAAGGGUUUGAAACAUGCCAAUAUUGUGCUCCUGCACGACAUAAUCCAUACCAAAGAGACACUGACAUUUGUUUUUGAAUACAUGCACACAGACCUGGCCCAGUACAUGUCUCAGCACCCAGGAGGGCUUCAUCCUCACAAUGUCAGGCUUUUCAUGUUUCAACUUUUGCGGGGCCUGGCAUACAUCCACCACCAACACGUUCUUCACAGGGACCUGAAACCUCAGAACUUACUCAUCAGUCACCUGGGAGAGCUCAAACUGGCUGAUUUUGGUCUUGCUCGGGCAAAGUCUAUUCCCAGCCAGACAUACUCUUCAGAAGUUGUGACCCUCUGGUACCGCCCUCCUGAUGCCUUGCUGGGAGCCACUGAAUAUUCCUCUGAACUGGACAUAUGGGGUGCAGGCUGCAUCUUUAUUGAAAUGUUCCAGGGCCAACCUUUGUUUCCUGGGGUUUCCAACAUCCUUGAACAACUGGAGAAGAUCUGGGAGGUGUUAGGAGUCCCUACAGAGGAUACCUGGCCUGGAGUUUCCAAGCUACCUAACUACAAUCCAGAAUGGUUCUCACUUGCUAAGCCUCAAAGUCUUCAGAACAUCUGGAACAGGUUGGGCAGGGUUCCUGAAGCUGAAGAUCUGGCUUCCCAAAUGCUGAAAGGCUUUCCUAGAGACCGAGUUUCCGCCCAGGAAGCACUGGUUCAUGACUAUUUCAGUGCCCUGCCUUCUCAGCUGCACCAGCUUCCUGAUGAGGAGUCUUUGUUUACAGUUUCAGGAGUGAGGCUAAAGCCAGAAAUGUGUGACCUUUUGGUCUCCUACCGGAAAGGUCACCUCCCAACCCAGUUUAGCAAAUGCUGGUGAAAGAGAGGGCGACAUCACCAAUAUCCUUUCAGGGCCACAUUACUACUGUUUCAGUUUUAAUUUGCUUUGCCUUACUAAGAAGCUUCAAACCUAACUCCACCAUGGACCAGGGUUUUCAUACCAUCACCUGUGAUCUGGAAUAUUCUAAAUAUGAUGUCCAAGGCAACAGACAUGAUACUUGAAGAAAAAGCAUGAAUGGUUAUUGCUCUUGUCAUACAUCCAGAAUUUAACAGUGAUUAGCUCAAAAAUUAGACACAGACUUAAAGAGUCUAAGAAGAGGAUUUAUGAAUAAUUUCAUCUGUUUUGUUAUUUGAUAAAGAGAUCCCUAGGCCAGAAGGACUACAGGACAGAUGAAAGGCUAACAAUUAAAAGAAUCUGGAGACUGAGCGGGUGCUUACAGAGGCCUGUGCCUCCUGCGUUCACUUACAAUUUCCCCCCAACAAAAAGACUUGUGUGGCAAGGAGAGGAUUAGUCUAAAGUUUAGAAAAGUCUCAGAGAAGAUGGUUUCUCGGAUAAAGUUGUCAACAAAAGGACUGGCUUAAGACUCUUUGUUAAGAUUUCUUAGGGGGUGCUUCUCUCUUCAUUAUCUGGAUUAUCAAAACACACUACUACCCCACUCCAGCUAGAUUUUAGAAGUUUGGAUUGAGCUCCCAGUUAGAUUAAAAUUUUUGGCUAUCUCCUUCUACUCAAUCUCAGUUAUCAGUGAUGAUAGCAAAAGCAAUGAGGAACCUAAGCUCUGAUUUGAUGAUGGAGAUACUGAAUAGUAGGAACAAAGAGUUCCAAAGAUGUAAUUCAAGCCCUGUUAUACCAUCAGACACACACACAUGUGCUCACACACACAACCCCCAAAUAAAAUGAGAGAUCUGUCUCAGCUAACACAUGUAUCAUUUUCUGUAAUGACUCCUUCUAAAAAAAGCGAGGGAAACUCAAAUUACUUCAUCUAGGGAUCAUCUACUCAGGAAACAUAGUAGCCUCGAAAUCAGAGACUUCUAUGUAUCCUUUAGAAGAACAAGGAAGAACUAAUGAAGAAAUAAUUAAAAAAUAGUACCUAUAGACCCAAAGUCUUCCAAAAGAUGGGAAAAGGAAAAAUGCAUACAAAUAACCCAAAGAAAUCUACCUUAGUAAGUAUUGGAUUUUCGUGAGGUGUUUGAAAAACCUCUCCAAACAUACCUUUGAUGAAACUGUGUGGGCUGGAUUAUGGGACAGAUAUAUGUGCUCAAUGAGUGGUGGUUUUUCAACCUAGAGAAAAGCUAAUAGUGGUAUGGUAUAAGGUACAGUCUUAAGUCCCAUCCUGGCCAAAUAUUUGUAUUAAUCACCUGAAUAAAAUCAGAGAAGGUCCACAAUUUAUUCAUAUAAUCAUUGAAGUAGUUAUAAUUAAUGUAUUACUUCCAUUUUACCAAAGAGGAAAUUAAAACUCAAAGAAGUUAAAUAACCCAUCCAUGGAGUAUACCAGAGUUAAGCU